AUGGACCUGAUGGCAGCUGUAACAGUGCGCUGGAUGGCAGCUGUAACAGGCAAUGGACCUGAUGGCAGCUGUAACAGUGGGCUGAUGCCAGCUGUAACAGCGGGCCUGAUGGCAGCUGUAACAGUGGGCCUGAAAGGCAGCUGUAACAGUGCGCUGGAUGGCAGCUGUAACAGUGGCCCUGAUGGCAGCUGUAACAGUGGACCUACUGGCAGCUGUAACAUUGGACCUGAUGGCAGCUGUAACAGUGGACCUACUGGCAGCUGUAACAGUGGACCUACUGGCAGCUGUAACAGUGGACCUACUGGCAGCUGUAACAGUGGACCUACUGGCAGCUGUAACAGUGGGCCUACUGGCAGCUGUAACAGCGGGCUUGAUGGCAGCUGUAACAGUGGGCCUGAUGGCAGCUGUAACAGUGGGCUGGAUGCCAGGAUGGCAGCUGUAACAGUGGGCUGGAUGACAUCGCUAAUGAAAGCAGGCUGA